CUCAAGCCAAUGCUAGAUGCUUCACGUCUAAGUUCCUUUCCUGUUUUAUUCAUUUAAAUUUUGUCUUAAUUAUACUUGGACAGAAGCAAACACUGAUAUGACCAUCUUUUUCUUACAACAACUUGCCUAGUGGACUAGCUAGGAGGCUCAAACUUCAGAACUAGACCAUGGUAAUAAGGGAUAUAGCUUUCCAGUUACAUAAUGGUCAUACCACAAGAAAAUCGAGGCCAGUGGUGUCACUAUGAUACCAAGUAGUCAUAGGAAGUUUUGAUAGCAGGUUCUGCAGAAGAUUAGGAUGACAACGAAAAUAGUAUGGUUUUUGUUUAAUACUUGGUCAUAGCUAAGAAUUUUAAAUCUUAACAAGGAAAAGCUAAAGACAUCCAAGAUAAACUCAUCAUAUCAGUGACGCUCUCGCCAAUGUUCGCAUAACAAAGAUGAACCUGUCUGCUUUUAGGAUUUGUUGCUCUUGUGUAGACACUGUUCAUGUGGUUACAUAUGAACCAUGGAAACAAAUUAAGGGCAACUGCACCUUUCCUCUUUCGCUGUUGUGUAAAUUCAGUUCAUCAUAUUCCGUUUCUGUAUUGCUGAGCUGUUUAGAUGUAGCAGAACAAACGUGAUUAUUAAUUACAGGAAAUUUACAAGCGGAUCCAAAAAUUGAGUUCAUAUCAUAGACUCGAUGGUCUUGCCGAUAAUAUCAUUUUUGAUUGUUAAAUGUUUAGUGGUCUUUUUCCUUGUACAAUGUAGUCUAAUAACUCAAACUUAAAAUCCAAACCCAAAUUCUCACCUCUUGUUUCCGUCUGAUCUUGCCUUUGUUGGCAUAUAUGACAGUUAUUCUGAAGCAUUGACAGCUUUUACUCUAGGAACUUGAACCUAGAAUAUCAUAACAUCACAGCAUCUUUAUUUUUAUCUGCAUACCUUACUUUUAUUCCUUGCUUUGUCUGCUAUACUGUUUGUUAUGCUCAGACCUGUCAGGACAGAUAGCUCAGUCUCCCGGAAAUUAGUUGGAGGAAAAUUUAUCUUUUUAUUUAUUGGUUUAGUCAACCUUGUAAACCAAAAUGAAUAAGAAAGUGUGUCUCGGUUUGAGUUUGCCGCAGGCCGUAGCACAGCAAGUACAAAGGCUAUAUCAGACCUGAAACUAGGAAAAUUCUACAAGGCCACAGAAUUUUCGAUCAGGAUACCAAUUAUACAUUAAAAUUAUUUUAUCUUGCUAAGAAAAUGACCUGCCUGUUUGGUUGGCUACCUAAAUUUCAAUUGAUGCCACUCUUAUCGCUCUAAUGGAAGCUUCUCGUUGAAAAAUUUAAUUCCCGUGGUCAAAUACUCACUAUCAAUUCUAUUAUAAUAGUUGAGUGAGAUAACUUCCGUCUAUUUUGUUUUUCCCCUUAACUCAAUACUUGAUGAACAGUCUUUCCUUUCAAUCCUCUCUUUGUGAAAAUGCGACCACAUCUCCUUCUGGCCAUGUCUUGGUUUAUCCUGUUCAUAACCAUAAUCUUUGUCUGUGGUUUCACACUUGUGUUUUCUGCUGAUGAUGAGCGGUAUCUAAUCUGCAGAAACUUGUUUGAUUGCGGAAAUAUUAAGGGUAUUGGUUAUCCUUUCUCGGGAUCCAAUAGGCCUGAUUACUGUGGCUAUCCAGGGUUCGGGCUCAAUUGCAGUAACCAAGUUCCGGAGAUCACAAUCACUCAAUCGACAUACAAAGUCCUUGCCAUCAAUAACCAGUCAUGGACUCUUAACGUUGCUAGAACAGAUUACAGAGAAAAUCUCUGUCCUACUCUCCUACUCAACACAACUUUGAAUCCCAGUCUUUUGAGUUACACAACGGAUGAUCAUAACAUAACAAUCUACUAUGGUUGCCCCGCUCAAGAUCCGCCGACUUCCUAUCUCUUAACUCAGUUUCCAUGCAGCAUAAACACCACUGAGACGACGGGCUACUUUACAGCAACAGACGACUUCUCUUUCCUUGGUAACCUUGCUUCUAACUUAAUCCGUUACCUGGAAUCCUGCGACAACAGUGUUGAAGUUCAAGUACGUCAAUCAGGUCUUGAGCCAAUUAUAGGAAAUGCAACUGAAACAAAGUUGCUUGGAGCUCUUAAUCAAGGUUUUGGGCUGGUGUGGAAUGCAAAUGACACCUUAUGUGAUACAUGCAAUUCUUCUGGUGGUCAGUGUGGGUACGACCAGACAACUAAAGCAUUCGCUUGCUAUUGUGCCGAUCAACCUCGAGAUUUUAAUUGCCUACCAUCAUCACCUAGUCAGUCAACAAAGACCUCUAACCCAGAUUCACUUAAAAUAGGACUUAGCAUAGCAGGUACUGUUGUUGGUGUCUUUUUGGGAUGCUGGAUCAUGACCAUUAUACAACGGAAGAGAAGAAAAGCUGCCCUACUGAAAAGCAAAGACCUUCCUAUAGCAGCUACUCCUUCAAGCAAAGGCCUUGCUACUUCAACUAAUCUCUCUCAAACCACCCCUUCUCUUACCCCCUCAAAGUCUGACAUUGAUAAGGGCAGUACCUACUUUGGAGUGCGGGUAUUCAGCUACAAUGAACUUGAGGAAGCCACUAAUUGUUUUGAUUCUUCAAAAGAACUUGGAGAUGGAGGGUUUGGCACUGUUUACUAUGGAGUACUCAGGGAUGGGCGUGUGGUUGCUGUCAAGCGCCUAUAUGAGAGCAACAUGAGACGUGCUGAGCAGUUUAUGAAUGAAAUUGAGAUCCUAGCUCAUUUGCGGCACAAGAACCUGGUGGAACUCUAUGGAUGCACCUCAAGGCAUAGCCGAGAGCUUCUACUUGUUUAUGAAUACAUGCCUAAUGGAACUGUCGCUGAUCAUCUUCAUGGAAGACAGUCGAACUCUGGUUUGCUCACUUGGCCUGUUCGGUUGAGCAUUGCUAUAGAGACAGCCAGUGCACUUGCAUACCUCCACGCUUCAGAUGUCAUACAUCGUGAUGUCAAAACCAAUAACAUUCUCCUAGACAACGACUUCCAUGUGAAAGUGGCUGAUUUUGGUUUGUCGAGAUUGUUCCCAACUGAUGUUACUCAUGUAUCGACUGCUCCACAAGGAACGCCUGGAUAUGUUGAUCCGGAGUAUUAUCAAUGCUACCAACUCACGGACAAGAGCGACGUUUACAGCUUUGGUGUGGUCUUGAUUGAGCUGAUAUCAGCUUUAGAAGCAGUGGACACCAAUAGGCAUCGGCAUGAUAUUAAUUUGUCCAUCAUGGCAGUGAAAAAAAUCCAAAACCAUGCUUUAAAUGAGUUGGUUGAUCCAUUUCUUGGAUUUGACAAGGAUUUCGUGGUGAGGAAGAUGGUAACAUCAGUUGCAGAAUUAGCUUUCCGGUGUUUGCAACAACAGAGGGAAAUGAGGCCUACUAUGGAGGAAGUGUUGGAGAUCCUGAGGAGAAUUGAGAAAGAAAAUUACGGAGCAGAAAAGGCAGAUGUAUUGGAUAUUCGUGAGGAUGAUGGUGGUCUAUUGAAGCAUCCUCCUCCUCCACUUCAACUUUCACCAGAUUCUAUGAGUGAUCAAUUUUGAGCAAGCAGUUCUUCAACUACAACACCGCAUUCCUACUAGUUGUAGAGAUAUCCUUAUCCUUUGUGCUUAAAACUGAAUGGCGAUGUCCAUGACAUUUGUUAUUGAUUGAUAGUUUUCCUUCUUUUCUUGUUGAUAUAUCACUUUCCUGUUGAUAAAAGAUUUGCAUUGACAGGAAACUUAAUUGGGUAAUCAGUUACUGUCUUUCCUUCCUGUGUAUUGAAUGCCUUCUUCUGUUUCUUUCAUAUGAUAUGCCUAGAAAGUGUCGUAUUUAUAUUUAUUAUUGGUUGUUUCAA